CGUCACAUGACCGCGGGCGAAUUCCCCUCCCAAGAUGGCGGAUCGCCUGCUCUCGGAGUUUGAUGUGGUGGUCAUAGGAACGGGUUUACCUGAAUCUAUCAUUGCGGCUGCGUGUGCCAGAAGUGGUCAACGGGUUCUGCAUGUGGAUUCGAGAAAUUACUAUGGAGGAAAUUGGGCAAGUUUUAGUUUCUCGGGGUUAUUGUCCUGGAUAAAAGAAAACCAGGAAAAGGCUGAUCCAUGUGAGGAAAACACAGCUUGGCAAGAACUAAUUCUUGAAAAUGAGGAAGGGAUUCCUCUUAACGAGGGGGAUCAAACCAUCCAGAAUGUAGAACAUUUCUGCUAUGUUAGCCAGGAUUCAACAGAAGAUGUUGAAGAAGCGGGUGCACUACCAAGACCAUCUGCCUCAACAACCUCUGCCUUUAGUACAGUUUCAGAGGAAACCUCUGCUAUCACAGAGGUUGAGAGUGGAUGCUUGCCUUUAGAUGGUGAGACCAAAAGUGAAGAAACCUGCCCCCAAAGUGUUACAGGAAGCGAUCCAGAACGUACCAAUGACAAGGAGGGUACAGAAGUGACCUCUCUGGAAGAGAAAUACUGCAACAGCAUCAUGCCUGAUCCAUCAGUAUCAGAAACAGGAAACAAUAAAUCUGAAUUAAUCACUGAAGCUGCAGCUGAACCAAGGGAAAUUACAUAUCCCCAAAUUGUAAAAGAAGGGAGACGGUUUAAUAUUGAUUUAAUUUCUAAGCUACUCUAUUCCCGAGGGUUGCUGAUUGACCUCCUAAUUAAGUCAAAUGUCAGUCGAUAUGCCGAGUUCAAAAAUGUUACCCACAUUCUUGUAUUUCGAGAUGGAAAAGUGGAACAGGUUCCAUGUUCCAGAGCAGAUAUUUUCAAUAACAAACAGCUGACUAUGGUGGAAAAAAGAAUGCUGAUGAGAUUUCUGACCUUUUGCCUGGAUUUUGAACAGCGCCAUGACGAAUAUCAAGCUCAGAAGGAUUGCAAGUUUUCUGACUAUUUAAAAACCCAGAAGUUAACUCCCAACCUGCAGCAUUUUAUUCUGCAUUCCAUUGCAAUGGUCUCAGAGGCCGAUUGCUGCACCAUAGAUGGGCUGAAGGCAACCCAAAAGUUUCUGCAGUGCCUCGGACGCUACGGCAACACUCCAUUUUUAUUUCCUUUAUAUGGUCAAGGGGAGAUCCCUCAGUGUUUUUGUCGGAUGUGUGCAGUAUUUGGUGGGAUCUAUUGCCUCCGACACUCCAUAAAGUGUCUUGUGGUGGACAAAGAACUUAGAAGGUGUAAAGCAAUCAUCGAUCAUUUUGGCCAAAGAAUAAAUGCAAGUUAUUUUGUUGUGGAAGAUAGCUACCUUUCAGAAAAAAUAUGCAAAAAUGUAUCUUACAGGCAGAUCUCCAGAGCCGUUCUCAUAACUGAUCGAUCCAUACAGAAUGAGAGCUCUGAUCAGCAGAUUUCCAUUUUGACUGUCCCACCCAUGGAGAAAGGCCAGCCAGCUGUUUGCCUUGUUGAACUGUGUUCUUCAGCUAUGACAUGCAUGAAAAAUACAUAUUUGGUUCAUUUGACCUGUCCUUCCAUUCAAACGGCUAAAGAAGAUUUGACACAUGUAGUGGAGCAGUUAUUCAGUGUUGCAGAAACAGGUGAAGUGGGAGCGAGGGAAGGUGAAGACGAAGGGGAAGGGCAAAAACCUAAGGUUCUCUGGUCCGUAUAUUUCAACAUGAGGGAUUCCUCCAGCGUUGUCAGAUCUUCGUAUGACAGUUUACCCUCCAACGUGUAUGUUUGCUCUGGCCCAGACAGUGCAUUAGGAAAUGAUUGUGCUGUCAAACAGGCUGAAGCCAUCUUUCAAGAAAUGUUCCCCAAUGAAGAAUUCUGCCCCCCACCUCCAAAUCCAGAAGAUAUAAUCUAUGAUGGAGAUGGAACUCAGCCAGAAGAUCCUGGAUUCAGUAAUCCAUCAGAAGACAAGACAGAGAAUGUGUCUGAGAAGAGCCUUAAAGAAGAACCUCCUGAGGAAUGAGACAGCGACAAGGCCAGAAUUGAAGCCACAUGGCUCCCAAUUCUGAGCAGAGUUUGAACAGUUGUCAUGCAUCAUGUGUAACUCCAGGAAUUUGGGUGGGACCUUUGCCGAGUUGCUUAAUAGACUGAAUUGAACUGGGAAUAUGAAGGGCCUUCCAGUCAUGGGUUGAAAAGUACUACAUGCUUGACUCAUUUCUCCCGGAAAUCCAUGUUAAUAUUUUGUAAAUGAGACUUUCCAAUCUUCCAUGGAUUUCCAGUUUGCCAAAGUCAAUAGUAGCGCCGUAUGUCAUUUGGUUUGUUUUCAAAAGAAGGACAAACCAUUCCCGCGCAUCUCCUCCCAUCACCUCUUGUUGGGAACGUCUGUGUUCUGUUGUCAGGGAUAUAGCACAAAUUCUUCUUACUGAAAGGAACACAUUUCAAUAUUACAUGAUGCGGUUUGGCUUGCUGUACAGAAUAUCUCUGAAGUGGCUUCAAAACUCACUGUGAUAAACUCAGUAAAAUUGCAUAAUAAAGUAGAUAUUGUAGCUUUCUUGGA